GUAACAAACAUCUUUAUUUGGCAGCCCAUUCUGUCUGUAAAACUGAUACCGUAUCUUAUCUGCUUCAAAAAUCGCAUGAGACAGAUGUCUUACAAAAUUGUGAAAAUUUUAAUCGAUUCGCCACGAAAUCAGUAGCUAUCUAACUGUCCGAGAUCUUGGCACUCACCUUCCACUUUAAAAGCCGAAGAUCAAUCAUACUUGACAACCAAUUUAUCUGAAAGAUAUGAUUAAUUUUCGGAACUCAACCAUUUUGUGCUGUUUGUUGAUACUGAUUGCAUCUUCAUGUUCCUGUUACUCGGAGGUUUUGAUCUCCGUUUCUCCGAAGACUUUAGUGAAAACUGGUGACUCCGUGACGAUACGGUGGUCCGGCGUCGAAUCUCCGUCGAAGCUCGACUGGCUCGGGAUUUAUUCCCCGGCCACUUCCUCCCAUGACAAUUUCAUCGGCUACGUGUUCCUGUCGUCUUCGCCCGGAUGGGAAUACGGGUCGGGUUCGAUUUCCAUCUCCUUGGUCAAUCUCCGGUCGGCUUAUCAGUUCCGGCUCUUCCGGUGGACUGAGGAAGAGGUUGAUGACACGCGCAUGGACGACGAUCAUAACCCGUUGCCGGGAACCGCACAUGUGCUGGCGGAGUCGGAAGAGGUUGGAUUUGAGACGGGUUGGGGCCCGGAGCAGGUUCAUUUGUCACUGACGGGUCAGGAUGGGGAGAUGCGGGUCAUGUUUGUGACUCACGAUGGGAAGGAGAGUUUUGUCAGGUAUGGGUUGGCCCGAAAGAACUUGGAUCAGGUAGCGGGUACUCGGGUCGGGAGGUAUGAGAGAGAACAUAUGUGCGGUGCUCCAGCAAAUCAGAGCAUUGGAUGGAGAGACCCUGGGUACAUGCACGAUGGUGUUAUGGUCAAUUUGAAGGAUGGAAGGAAAUAUUUCUAUCAGGUGGGAAGUGAUACAAGGGGAUGGAGCAACAUUUACAGCUUUGUAUCCCCUGAUCGCAACUCAAAGGAGACAAUUGCCUUCUUGUUCGGUGACAUGGGGACUUCAACACCUUACAAUACCUUCCUGAGAACUCAAGAAGAGAGCAACUCAACCAUCAGGUGGAUCAUUCGCGACAUCCAGGCUGUAGGUGACAAACCAGCAAUGAUCUCACACGUUGGGGAUAUUAGCUAUGCCAGAGGCUACUCCUGGUUGUGGGACACCUUCUUCAACCAGAUUGAACCGAUCGCGUCCAUGGUUCCCUACCAUGUUUGCAUAGGCAAUCACGAAUACGAUUGGCCAACACAGCCCUGGAGGCCAGAUUGGGCUGUCCCGAUUUACAAGCAAGACAGUGGUGGUGAGUGUGGGGUUCCCUACAGCCUCAGGUUCAACAUGCCCGGGAACUCCUCAGAACCGAAUAGCGCCAUUGCUUCUAUUGGAGGAAAGGCUCCAAUGACGCAAAACCUUUACUACUCACUGGACGUUGGAGCUGUUCACUUUGUGUACAUAUCGACAGAGACAGAUUUCCUCCCAGAAAGUAACCAGUACAGGUUCCUCAAGGAAGACUUGGAGUCGGUUGAUCGGGGGAAGACACCAUUUGUGGUUGUUCAAGGGCACAGACCAAUGUACACAACCAGCAGCGGCCACAAGGAUGCUCCCGUUAGGCAGAGAAUGGUUCAGCACUUGGAGCCUCUUCUUGUCAAGAACAGGGUCAGUCUGGCCCUAUGGGGACAUGUCCACCGCUACGAAAGGUUUUGCCCUUUGAAUAACUUCACAUGUGGAAACCUGGAGAUGAACGGUGAUGAUGAUUGGAAGGCUUUCCCUGUGCAUGUUGUGAUUGGGAUGGGAGGACAGGAUUGGCAGCCUGUUUGGGAGCCAAGGAUUGACCAUCCGUCAGAUCCCGUUUAUCCUCAGCCCUUGAGGUCUGAGUUCCGGGCGGGGCAGUUCGGGUAUGCAAGAAUUGUUGCUGACAUAGACAAGCUGAGGUUUUAUUAUGUGGGGAAUCAUGAUGGGAAAGUGCAUGACGUGGUUGAAAUCAUGGCUCCAAAUCGGCUGGUUGUUGACUCUGGUGCUGCCUCACUUUAUGAUGAUUUAUAAAUUGUAAGCUCUGUGACUUCUUGUCAUUGAGACAUUGAUGAAUAAUAUCAGGUGGUCACCAAGUUUAUCUUAGCUCGACUUGUACCGUACAAAUAAUCUAGCAAUGCUUGAUGCUCUUCUAUGGGGGAAAACGGAAAAACUCAAGUUGAAGGCGAGAUGUGGAAAAAAGUGGGCAUGGUGUUCACGGUGUGUAGUAAAGAGCAAUAUAUAGAGAUGAAGAGAAAAGGUAUGUGGGAAAGAUAUGAACGCCUUGUAUGGUGUUUGAGCAGAUAUGGAAUUGAAAUAUCAAGUUCUUUUUAAAAAUAAAAUAAAAUAAAGUGAUAGUUACACAGUAUUAUUUUGGGUCAAGUUCUUUUCAACGAGAGAAAAGGGGGAGAACUCUUCGUUAUAGGCUGG